AUGAGAGAUUUUAUGAAAUUUUAUUCAAGUUUGGUUGAUAGAUGUUUUAAUGAUUGUAUUAAUGAUUUCACUUCAAAAACAUUAACAACAAAAGAGGAGACGUGUAUUCAACGAUGUACCGAUAAAUUUUUAAAACAUAAUGAAAGGGUAGGACAGAGAUUUGCAGAAUAUAAUCAAGGUGUGGCAGCUCAAGCACAAUCAGCUCAAUCCGGAAGCGGAGGGUGGUUUGGUGGCGGUCGAUAA